AUGCGUACUGGCCUCAUCGUUGGAGUUAUCUGGGUGUUCCUUUGGCCCAGGCUCGUUCAUGGAGGAUUCGUGUUGCAGAAUGUGAUUUGCGAGUCCUUGGAUGCCUCUUAUGCGGAGUUCAAGCGUUGCGAAAUGAAAGUAGUUCGGCGAGGCGUGGCCUCUUUCUAUAUGUUGGUGAAACUCCACAAACUACCCAUCAAUAGUGUGGAUGUAAAUGUAUCCCUCUUCAAGAGAUCAAACGGAUAUCGGCCUUUCCUCUUCAAUCAGACUGUGGAUUACUGUUACUACAUGCGAAAUCCGCAGGCACAUCCAUUGAUUUAUAUGCUGCACAAGGUUUUGUUUAAAAAAACCAACAUGAAUCAUUCGUGUCCCUUUGAUCAUGAUUUAAGAGUGGAUGAUUUUACUUAUGACCAAAACGACUUGUUGGACCUGCCCCUGCCAAGUGGAGAUUAUAUGUUAAAAAUUCUAUAUGCUUCUUACAAGACCUGGCGUAUAUCCACAAAAGUUUAUAUGAAAAAAAAUUAA